AUGAGCAGCGCCAAAGGAAGCAGCGGCCGAGGGGUCCGGGAAGCCACCACACGGGGCGGAGACCCGACAGAGAAGGCCGAGAAGGGAGCCGGCGUCCGAAGCCACUCCAGAACGCGCUCUCGUGGCCACCGGGACAACGGUGGGUGGGGUCUGCCGCCCGACAGGGUGCGGUCCCUGCUCCCUCGGCCACCCCCGCGGGCCUUUUUCUCUCCAACUUCGGGGCUGGGGAGCCUGCGAUUGGCUCCGGGCGAUGGCCUGCGCAAGGAUUGGCUGCUCCAGUCCCGGGGGUUGGGUCCGGAGGUAGCAGAUCCGCCCCCGGAGACUUCAAAUGGGGAGCCCCCGGGAGGUCCCCACAGUCCGGAGGGCUCACGCGGGGCGCGCGGGGAGCGAGCCAACGAACUCGCCGUUUGGUGCCAGCGGCCCGGGGACCAUCGGGCGCACGUCUCGCCUUCAGCCAUGGGGUCCGCAUCGCUGGAAAUACUGGGUCUAGUGCUGUGCCUCCUGGGCUGGUUGGGCCUGAUCCUGGCGUGUGGGCUGCCCAUGUGGCAGGUGACAGCCUUCCUGGACCACAACAUCGUGACGGCGCAGAUCACCUGGAAGGGGCUGUGGAUGACUUGCGUGGUGCAGAGCACCGGCCACAUGCAGUGCAAGGUGUACGAGUCUGUGCUGGCGCUGAGCUCUGAAGUGCAGGCGGCGCGGGCGCUCACGGUGGGCGCCGCGCUGCUGGCGCUGAUCGCACUCUUCGUGACCCUGGCUGGCGCGCAGUGCACC